AAUUCCACAUGAUUCCAAUCACUUCAUAAAUCGCAAUGUUAUUCACCAAAGUUCUCCAAUAAUUCCACGAAAAUCACCUAAAAUCAGAUUAAUAUUCAUCCAUCAACCAGUUAAUUCCAGCCCCGUGCGUGCAGUAUAAGAACCACGGGUAAAGCUUACUGGUAUUAAAGACAGUUAAAAGUAGUUCACCACCGGUCUGGCUGUCGCAUUUUUUCAUGGUCCUUCGAGCCGGAUUCGAACCAGCGACCUAUGGAUAAAAAUCGAGUCCGCCCAUCCAGAACAUCUCGACCCCCUCAAUACCUGCAGGAGUUCGUGAAGGACAGCCUUUCCGACAGCCAUGCUGGAAGUGAAUCUACAUCUAGUCAUCAUUCCUCCAAACGAAGUCAUCAAAGUUCCAAAGCAGAGUCAAUCCACUCAAGCCAGCAUUCCCCUUACCAAAGUCAUCGUUCCAGCCCAGAAUCUAGCAACAAAAGUCGACACUCCUCUAAUCAAAGCCAACAUCUCAGCUCCGAAUACAACCAACAAAACUGGUAUUCUUCAAGACGAAGUUUUAGCUCAAAUCAUUCCGACUAUUCCAGAACCUCACAUGUAUCAGCCCUGAGUGAUGUCAGUUCCGCCAAACUUCAAGCUCUCCGUAAGAAGAUUGAGUAUGAGGAGUUGCAACGUCAGUUGGAGGAAAAUGAGGCUGCUGAUAAAGAACUGCAGUUAAUAGAUGACCAAGCUCGGAAGGCCCGUCUCCAGGCUGAAGAAAUAGAAUGGAAUGCCUUGAGAGACCGCGAAAACCUGACAAAGAAAUUGUCCCGCCAAAGAAGAUUGAGGAUUGCUCAGCAAAGGAUGGUGGAAGCAAAAGCCAUCAGUUCCCUUGUAGAUGAUACUUCUAAACCACUGGAAGGAAGUCACGCAAUUGACACCCAAGCCAAUGCACCCACACCGGCUCCUGAGACAACCAGUCACAUCUCACCUAAGCCAGAUCUUCCUCGUUCGGCAGAAGACUCUCCCCCCUUACCAUCUUCACCAAUCGCCGUACCCUCUCCAUCUGAACCACCAGCACCCACAGUCAUGGAUCUCCUUGUAACCUUAUCACAUGGUCUUCCUAACCCGACUCUGCCUAAGUUCUCCGAUGGAAGGGAAAAAGAUUUUGCCCUAUUGAAGAUGGCUUUGGAGAAUCUUCUGGACGUACAUCCACAUCUUACUGAACACUACAAGUUCCAGGUGAUGAUUGACCGACUGGGUGGCCAAGCUCAGAAACUGGCCAGGGCAUUCAUGUACUCCAAGAAACCAUACACCGAUGCCCUGUCUGCACUGAAAGACAAAUAUGGACAGCCCCGACAACUGUUGCAAAGUGAAAUCAGAGCCAUUAUGUUGACCCCUCCAAUAAAGUAUGGUGACACAAAUGCACUUUGUGAAUUCUCCCUUGAUGUACUUUCCUUGGUGGGGAUGCUUACAGCCCUAGAGGGUGAGGAUGGAGUGGAGUUGAAAUGCGGGUCACACGUAGAUCGCCUACUUAGCAAGCUGGCUCCAAGCUUCAGAAAUAGCUUUAUGGAACACUGUAUCAACAAACGCAUUAUUCAACCAAACUCCAGUCAUACCUACACACUGGCCCAGUUCUCCCAAUGGCUACAGGUCAAGUCCCAAUCCCAGAGUUUUGCACACCGAGCAGUGUCAGGCAACGAGUCAGUGAACCCCACAGCCAAUAAACGACAGAGCCAUCAGCAGCCACAGAAGGAAACUCCACCUGCUGUAUUCCUGUCAGAGUCCAGUCCCCAGGCUGAAUCCAAGAAUAAACCCAUGCCAUUAUGUCCCUUCUGUGAUAGCAGAGCGCACUUUCUUGGAGGAUGCCCCGAGUUUAAGAAGCUAGAUACUGAUCAAAUCGUCAGUUGGAUCCAGGAGAAAGGACGCUGCUGGAAAUGCGGCCGAGCCCAUAAACCUGAUGAGUGUACCCUGCAGAAACCCUGCCACUCAUGUAAAGAGGUUCACCUUACCGUACUACACGAUGCCGCCCAGAAGGCUACCAGUCAUGUCUACCGAAUACAAACCUCCAACCAGGAAGUCUUCAUGGACAAACCUACUCGUCCGCACAACAUCAUGUUAAAAGUGGUACAAAUUCUCCUUCAUGGUCCAGCGGGUACUCUCGAUACUUAUGCAAUCCUUGAUGAUGGUUCUGAGCGAACCAUGCUACUUCAGCAAGCAGCAGAUAAGCUACAGCUUGAAGGAAAACCAGAGACCAUGCUCCUACGGACCAUCCAUGAUGACAUUGUCGAAUGCCAUGGUCAAUCUUCGUCCAUUCAGCUGUCCCCCAAACAUCAGCCUGAUGUGAAGUUCACCAUCUCCCGAGCCUUCUCUGCUAGUAACAUUUGCUUAUCAGAGUAUAACUAUCCGCUGGAAACCUUACAGCAAAAGUAUAGUCACCUUCGCAAUCUUCUUCUACCAACGAUCAAGAAUGCAUCUCCAAUGAUACUCAUUGGCUCCGACGUCCCAGAACUCAUUGUCCCAAUACAACCCGCAAUAUUUGGUCCUCGUGGAGCUCCAGUAGCAAUCAACAGUAAGCUGGGUUGGACCAUCCAAGGACCAAUCAAGAUUGGGAGCAAGCUUCCAGAGCACAACGUCUUCAAAACUUCAUCGUUUUCCCCAACCAUCGUUUUCCCCGACAAACGACCUUUCCCAAGUUCUACCAUCUGUCAAUUCAAAGCAUGUUACCUGUCCAAAGCUGGAUCAACAAGCUGUUGACACCAAAACCAAUCCACCAGAUUAUCUCACCCAAGGCAAGACUUUCCUUGAGCAUAGUGAAGCUUCAAGAUGGCGGGAUGGACCUUCCCUCUUCCUGUCUACAUCAGAUAGCUUGCCAGCUAAUCCUCCGUCACAAACUAUAGGUGAGACAGAGAAUACAAAGUCAACCUUCUGCAGUGAUGUUACCAUGCAGCCAGCCGACAUUCCUGAUCCAUCUCAGUAUGUCACCUCGGACAACCCCAUCUUGGCAGUCAAGCAGACCCUUGACGGGGCGGCCCCCCCUGCUAAGCCUCCUGACUUGAAAGCAGAUGAGAGAGCUAAGAUAGAGUUGCUUAUUUACCAACGCGCUCAAUCCGACAGCUUCCCUGAAGAGCUAGCGGUAGACAAUUGGAUCUUCAUCGCAACAGCAGACUACUACAGUACGGCUCAGAGUAUAAUGCAUCCAGUGGUCUGAUUCGAGUAGGAGGGCAUCGCAAACGCAGACGAGGACAACGCUACAAAGCCCAAGCAACCAUUUGUGAUGGAUCCAGCUAAUCCAGCUUCAAGAACUGACUAAUGAUGAAACGUCGGUUUCCGCCUUAUUGAGGACUAAAGACAUUCUAGAGCCAUUUUAGCAAGUAAAUUUGUUGCCCAAAUUUAGGGGCGGCUGUAAAAAAGUCUCUAGCGGAAAUGUAAAUAGCGCCCUCUGUUGACUGGCUAAUUCCACAUGAUUCCAAUCACUUCAUAAAUCGCCAUGUUAUUCACCAAAGUUCUCCAAUAAUUCCACGAAAAUCACCUAAAAUCAGAUUAAUAUUCAUCCAUCAACCAGUUAAUUCCAGCCCCGUGCGUGCAGUAUAAAGUGAGUAGAACCUUUCUUAUUUUGUUAUCUCUAAAGCUGGGAUAUUGGGAGAAGUUUUGGGCUUGUUUAUAGGUCUCAUGGCCUGCUCGGGGAAAGUUAAUAUUAAUAUGUUAUUUACCAGUUACGAUAUGGAAGUGUUUUUACCGUAGUUACAGACGUUUCCCAGGUACUUUACAGAAGUUGUUGGCUAUUAUAAAGGUUGCCAGUGCUGUAUUUGUUCUAUAUCGAGCCUAUAAAUAAUCAAGUUGCUCUCUUAGUUUACAUGCCAGUAAAGUUGCUGCUCCAGUGAUUUAGCCUUUUAUGAUUAGUGGAUUAUUUGGGUGUAAAGAGUUGACCCUGAGCCUAUUAUAGAGUUGAUUAUGGAAAUUGAUGUCAUUUCUGUUCUUAUAAUAAUCUCUGUCUGUAAAUCAUAUCGUAGACUUAUUGUAUCUUUAUUGUUCUCUUAUUUGUAGAACCACGGGUAAAGCUUACUGGUAUUAAAGACAGUUAAAAGUA